CGGCCUCGGCGCUGUCAUGGCGGACGGGGAGCGGUCGCCGCUGCUGCCGCCCGAGGCGGGGCCGGGAUCGGGCGGGGCCGCCGCCGGUGCCGGCGGGGAGGCCCCGCCCCCGUACUCGCCUCUGGGCAGCCCCGAGGAGGGGGCGGCUCCCGGGGCCGGGGCCGGGGCGGGAGGGGCCGGCAGGGCGGGCCCGCCCGCCGUCACCUGCCGGGUGUGCCAGCGGCCCAUCAGCGUCGAGGGCAAAACGCACCAGCACGUGGUGAAGUGCGGGGGCUGCGGGGAGGCCACGCCAAUCCGCACGGCCCCCGGCGGGAAGAAAUACGUGCGGUGCCCCUGCAACUGCCUGUUGGUGUGCAGGGCCUCGGCCCAGCGCAUCGCCUGCCCACGGCCUUACUGUAAGCGCAUCAUCAACCUGGGCCCGGUGCACUCGGGGGCUCCCAGCCCGGACCCGCCCCCGGGAGGGGUUCGCGUGGCCUGUGCCCAUUGUGGGGGGCCCUUCCUGUGGGCGGAGCUCCCCGACCGCUCCCUGGCCCGGUGCCCCCAUUGCCGCAAGGUGUCUGCGAUUGGGCGGCGGUUUCCACGGCGACGCUGCCUGUGCUGCCUGCGGGCGCUGCUGAUGGGCGGGGCCGCUGCCGGGCUCGCGGCCGGGACAUGGUGGCUGUGGCGCCGGGCGCGGUGGGUCCCGGCGGCCUGGGCGGCGCUGGGGGCGGGGGCGGGGGCGUGUCUGCUCCGCGCGGCCUAUUGGGGCUGCGUGAGGGUCAGCCAGCCCCUCCCCGCGCCUGACCACGCCCACCCCGGGACACGCCACCCGCCCGGGACACGCCCGCCGUGGAGGCCACGCCCACAACGCACACCUGGGACGCACCUGGAGCUCACGGGACGCGCCCACCUUUUCGUUGGCCACGCCCUCUGUGGGCGCCACACGUGGGGCAAGGCCAAUUUGGUGCCGUUUAGGCUGAUUUAG